AUGUCCAACGAGAAAGAGACGGAGUUGACGGUAAACGUCGAGAUAUCCGAAGAUGUAUUUUCCGAGCGCCGUGAAGGCUUGAAAGAGAUGUAUUAUCGCCCCUUGACGCAGGUCUCUCUACUCGGCUUCGUAUGUUUCAUGUGCCCCGGCUUAUUCAAUGCUUUGAACGGUUUGGGUGCCGGAGGCCAAGGCGAUAGUACGAUAAGUGCCAACGCCAAUGCAGCCCACUACGCUACAUUCGCGUUUGCGGCCUUCUUUGCGGGUUCCGUCAACAAUGUACUGGGGUCCAAGCUGACUUUGCUCAUCGGGAGCACGGGCUACGCACUGUACAUCGGUUCAUUUCUAGCCAUCAAUAUCCAUCCGAAUGCAGGUGGUUUCGUUGUUGCCUCUGGUGCCAUCUUGGGCAUAUGUGCAGGCUUGCUAUGGACCGCUCAAGGCUCGCUCAUGUUGGCGUACCCGACCGAAAGUCAGAAAGGCCGUUAUAUCGGAGUUUUCUGGACCAUAUUCAACCUAGGAGGUGUUGUCGGAGCCUCGAUUGGAUUUCUUGUCCUCACCCUCAUUGGCGUCCUCAUCCCGCUAUUGAUGGCAAACCCGGACAAUAUGAUUCGUACUGACGGCACGAAAGUCACUUCUCCUCGGCAUGCGUCUUGGAAGGCUGGCGUCGUCGGUCUGUGGCUAACACUGCGCGACGACCCGAUGAUCCUCCUCCUCUUCCCCAUGUUCUUCGCAAGCAACUGGUUCUACACAUGGCAAUUCAACGAGUACAACGGCACUGUAUUCAACAUCCGCGCGCGGUCGCUCAACAACCUCGUGUACUGGAUGGCUCAAAUUGUCGGAUCGCUUCUUAUGGGUGCCCUGCUCGACGGCCACGGUCUGCGCCGACGUGUCCGCGCGUUUCUGGGUUGGGGAACCCUCUUCGCUCUGGUCUUCGUCGUGCACAUAUGGGCGUACUUCUACCAAAGGAACUAUACCCGCCAAUCCCUGCCCCCAGACGCCGUCAAAAUGGACAUCCACGACCACGGGUUUGCGAGCCGCAUCUGGUUAUACAUCUUCUGCGGCGUCCUGGAUGCUAUGUGGCAGACCUCCGCUUACUGGAUGAUGGGGGCAUUGUCGAAUGAUCCUGCGAAGCUCGCGUAUGUCACUGGAUUCUACAAGUCUCUGCAAUCUGCUGGUGCUGCUGGUGUCUGGCGCGCAGAUGGUGUAAAACGGCCGUUCAUGGAGAUCUUCAUUUCGACUUGGGUUCUCCUUGUUGUUGGAUUGAUGCUUCUAUUGCCUAUGAUAUAUCUACGUGUUACGGAUUAUACAAAGAAAGAGACUUUGACCCGUACCAACAAGGAUAGCGAGGAUGCAGUCAGAGCAUAG